UUUUGCAAUUUGCAGGAGUAUAUAAUUAUCGUUUAUUCUUAUUUGAUUUAAUCGUAACAUAAUCCAAGUAAUGUUCAUGUAAAACUCUUACAGUUGAAACAUGCAGUCCAUCAAAUUGUAUUACAGUCAAUAGCAGCUUUAUCGUAUUUGUUAUCAUCAAAAUAUUAGUCGCAUCUAACUUUAAAAAUGGUUUUACUGUCUUCAUUUACUGUUAAAUCAUUUUAUAGAAAACUUGGUAGACAGUGUACAAAUUUUAAACACGUACACUCAUUCUGUUCUGGAUCUUUACGUUAUGAUGCGAAGAUUUUGCCAGCUGUAACUAGGAAGUCGGCAAGAUAUUUCACUACUUCUUUCCGUUUCUACGAUAAAAGCGAAACGAAGAAAGAUAUAAUCCAAGGUGAAAAUAAUAAAAACACACAAAAACUAAUAGUACAGAAACCUCAAGGAAGUAUAAGCGUGAAAGCUGAAACAGAUGAAGAUAGUAGUGUUACGAAAGUUACUAUACAGAAGGUCCAAGCUCAAGGAUCUAAGGAGGCUGCUCCACCACCUGUGAAAAAACGGCUCCUGAUAGAUUUUUCUGCUUCAUAUACUGAACGCAACUUUAUAACACCCAUGAGAGCUAUGACGGAGUACUUGUUGAAGCAAUCAGACUUGGAGUCCCUCCCGAAGGUAUUGAGGAGAUCUCCAUAUGAGGCAGAACCACCCAUAACUGUGUAUUACAGAAAGGAUGUUGAAGCGAAGGCUAUUGAGGUUUGGGGUUCAAAGGAAGCACUAGAUAAAGAGUUGUUAAGAAGAGAAUUAGAUAGAAGAAGAUAUGAACAAGAUGUAUUUACUGUCAAGAGGCGAUUAAGGAAUUAUAGGAGGGAAAUGAGCCAUAAAAAAGAUGAUGAGGAAUCUGGGUUGAAGACUCGAUCCGGCCGUGUGGUGUUGACCGCAAUAGGAAUAAACGGCUGCAACUUUUUGUUCAAAUUGUGUGCAUGGUGCUACACUGGAUCGCACAGCCUGUUCUCCGAGUGCAUCCACUCGCUAGCCGACACGGUCAACCAACUAAUCCUGGCCUAUGGAAUACAUAAAUCUGUCCAGAUGGCCGAUCCGGACCACCCGUACGGGUACACGAACAUGCGGUACGUGUCGUCUCUCAUAUCCGGAGUGGGUAUCUUCUGCGUGGGCAGUGGACUGUCCUUUUAUCACGGCGUCACUGGAAUUCUGGACCCCCAGCCGCUCCAUGACUUUUACUGGGCUUACUUCGUGUUAGGCGGGGCAGUAGUUUCUGAAGGUGCGACAUUGAUGGUUGCUCUGAACUCCCUGCGGAAAGGAGCGAAGGAAGCCGACACCCCGUUAUAUGAAUACAUAAUGCGCAGUUCGGACCCGUCGGUGAAUGUGGUGCUGCUAGAGGACACGGCGGCCGUGGCGGGCGUGGUGGUGGCGGCGUCGUGCAUGGCCAUCUCGCAGUACACGGGCAACCCGCUCGCCGACGCGGUGGGCAGCAUACUGGUCGGCACCAUCCUGGGCGGCGUGGCGUCCUUCAUUAUACUUAGCAACGUGGGCGCGCUGGUCGGCAGAUCUAUCCCGCAGGAACAGUUGGACGAAAUCAAUAGUGUCUUAGAAAGAGAUUUCAUGAUUCGCGCCAUUCAUGACGUCAAGGGCAUCGAUAUAGGAAGCAAUCUGAUUCGGUACAAGGCUGAAGUGGAUUUCGACGGCAGAGCACUUACAAGAUCUUAUUUAGAGAAGCACGAUUUAAAUGCGUUAUUAGAGGAUAUGAAGAAGAUACAGACCAUCGACGACGUGGAAGCGUUCUUGUUGAAACACGGAGAGAAUAUAGUGGACAUGUUGGGCGGAGAAAUUGACCGGAUAGAGCUCAAGUUAAGAAAAAAGUUUCCACAAGUGAGGCAUUGCGACUUAGAGAUACUUUAAUCUUGUGAUUGUGAAGAUACCUACGGCAGCGAAACUGAAGAUAUAUAUGUAAUUAUAGAUAUUGUAGGGGAUUAGCUAGCAGUACGUUAAA